AUGAGGCAAGUGCUGCUGCUGCUGCUGUUUCUACAGACGGCUCACUCUGAACUCAGGGCCCGGGACCCUGAGAUGGAGCAGGAGGAUGGGGGAAUCAGGGUUCCUGACACAAGGGGAGGCAGUGUGCCAAAGGACAAUGUACCACAGGGAGGAGUGCCACAAGGAGAUGUUCCAGCUCGAUCAGGCAACUGGUGUCCAGUUGUGCAGAAGCGAGUGGUGACAGCAGUCGUUGUGAGUGGAACAGAGCAGUACACCGCCAAGUCUCAAAGCCCAUGUCCGAGUAGAGUCCCGGACUGCCAGCUCGUCAUGUACAAGCUGUCUACACGGCCACUCUACAAGCAGACCCCAAGGGUGGUCUCUGCCCUGCUGUGGCAGUGCUGUCGUGGCCACUCUGGCCCCAACUGUGAGUACGCAGCAGAGCAGAUGGAACACAUGGACCCUCAUCAAGAGCAAAACGACCAGCACACCAGUCAACCCGACACGCCUCAGAACGUCCCACAAGAUGCAUACGAAUCUUCUGAUCCCAACUACCAACCUGAAGCCUACGACCAGUUUCUGGACCCUGACCAACAGGGACACGCCCAACGGCAAGAACACAACCUUCUGCGACAUACAGUCUCCAACUCAGAGCACAGGGACAGAGCACCAGAACAGCCCAACACGGGAACCCAGGACCCAAACACACGGUCACCAGUUGUAGGCAACAAGACUGACCCUGUGGCCCUCCGAUACCAGGACACUCCAGCUGUCCUCCCAGUGCCCCACAUGAUGGCAUUGGUUAUGUCCCAGCUGCAGCCCGUCCUGGAAGCCUUCAACCGCUCCCUGGUGCACAUGCAGAGUCAGCUGGGGGCCCUGACCCUGGAAGUGGCUGAGCUGAGGAGCCCGCUUCCUCCUAAACUCCAGGACAGCUCUCUGAUCAGAGAUGACUCAGACGACGAAGACAAACUGGAGCCAGUUUAUCAAGAGCUGAGGAUGACACAGGACCAGCUGCAUCAGCAACAGCACCUGCUGGAAUCCCAUCAUACUCUGCUGCUCGGAAACUUGACCAGACUCAAGACACACUUGGACGUCAAAGUUGAAUCUUUGAAUCACAGUCUGUCUCAGCUAAAGCUGGACAUGAAGCAGCCCGCAUCAGAACUGGCCCAAGGCUCGGAGGCCUCAGCUCUGUGGAGGGCCGUAGAACGCUUAGACAACCAGGUGGUGAACAACUCAGUGAAGGUAUUGACACUGCGCGAGGAUGUGGAGGCGGUGUCAGGCAGCGUACAGCAGUUUCACAGACUCUACAAGGAACAAGACAAACGCAUCAAUGCUACCUCCCGCCGCAGCCAGGUGCAGUUCAUGGAGACUGGUCUGGAGGUGGAGGCGGCCAAAGUAGUGGUGCUACAGAGAGUUGAGGAACUCGCGGGAAACAUGAGUGUCCAAGGGAAGAAGCUGUUGGAGCUGGAUGUGGACGUGGACUACCUUUUUGAUGUCCUCUACAAAAGGAACAGCUCCACUGGAGACAACAGCUGCUCUGACCUGAGGACUGCCAUUACACACCUUCAGUCAGGGCUCAGUAAUGUCACAGAGUUGGCCAAUGAAAACAGACUGGCCCUGGAAGAGGGUGAAGAUCAGGGGGCACCAUGGGGGGACGGUGACUGGCAGCCAGCAGUGGAGGCUCUGCAACAAGGACUUCAGCAGGUUAAAUUGUCUUGGGCUUUGGAGGAGAACCGGACCAGAGGAGUGGAGCAUAGUCUGGCUGAUUUGAACUGGUCUUUGCAGCAGUGGCAGGCAGAGGUCACACACCUUCAGCAGACAGAAGCACAGCGCACUCAGGACAACAUGAAUCUGCGGGGAUCCUUUAACUCUCUGCUCACAGACGGUAUGCGCCUCAGCGACGUGCUCGAGCUUCUGCUGGGAGAGGAGAUCCUUGAGUUCUUGGACUGGCCCAUUCUCGACCAAGAGGCCCACUCCAUCCCUGCCUUGAAAGAGCGUCUGAGACUGCAUGAGGAGCAGCUGAACGUGCACAACCAGAGUAUUGCACAUCUAACAAAACACAGAACCGAUCCAAAGGAGGUCCCAGCUGCUGACCAGCCAUCUUCACACCUUCAGCCUGACUGGCUCUCUGGGGACCACAGUAGCGGUGGGAAGGGCAUGGUCAGGGAAUACCAACGUCUCCAUGGGCCCCAGCUCAGAGAUGGCAGUGAUCUGUGGAAACUGGAGCAGGCCGUGGAGGAACUACAGCGCAGAGUGGCGAGCAUAGAAGAACAGCAGAACAGCAGCAGACAGAGGGAUCCACGGCUCCAGGACGAGGUCAUGUGGCUGAAACGUGGACUGGAGGAACAUUUGAGGGUCUUUAAAAACAUCUUUAGCAACACAGAGAAACUGACAGCUUCCAAACAACCACUGGAGCUGGAUAAAGUGUUUGAGCUCGUGAAGAACCGACAGAGGAGGAAAGGUGGAUCAGGGAGCACACACUGA